CACGGUUCCAGAUACUUUAUAAGAUCAAAAUGUUGCAGAUAAGAUUUAAUGUACCAUACAAUAACUUACUGCAAAGAUGAGCGGAAGGUGCUUUAUAUUGUUUGCGUAUGUCUUAUAUGUUGGAAUAUUUAAAAUAGUGGAUACCCAAGAUGGGCAGCCCAUCAAAAGCACCGUAAAUAAUAUCAAUUUUACCAGAAGUCCAGCUAUUCCCGACAGAAAGAUGUGUGGUUUUCAGGAACCUCAUAAAAUGCCUCAACUAAGAAUUGUUGGUGGGACAGAAACUUCUUUGAAAGAACACCCUUGGAUGGCAUUACUGGGUUAUAAAACGCGUUAUGGGGAAUUCAAGUGGAAAUGUGGAGGCACACUAAUUAGUCAAAGAUAUGUAUUGACAGCUGCGCAUUGUGUAACUGGCCAGAUUGUACCAGUUGUUGGAAACCUUACUUAUGUCAAAUUUGGUUUGCAUAACAGAAAUAAAGAAGCUAGUUGCGAUAUACACGGAAAUUGUAAUGAAAAGGCUGUCAUAAGAGGAAUUGAAAGUGUCUCGUUUCAUAAAGACUAUGAUACAACUGUGAGAAUUAGUAGUGGCGACAUAGCAGUUAUAAGGCUUAAUCAAACAGUUGAAUACUCAACCUAUAUUAGACCUAUAUGUCUCGCUGAGCCAUAUGAAGAAUCAAAAACUAACGAUCGACUUACAGUAGUUGGCUGGGGUCAAACAGAAACUUGCAACUGUUCCCAAGUCAAGCUCAAAGCUGAUGUACCUGUCCUUACAAACCAGUAUUGCAACCAUAAAUAUUAUGGGUUAACGCGUCUUGAUGACUCACAGAUAUGCGCUGGAGGUGAACAGGGAAGAGACACUUGUAAUGCUGAUAGUGGAGGUCCUUUGCUUAGGUUGAUCGAGAAUGGUACACAGUGGUACCAAGAAGGCAUCAUCUCAGGUGGAACUAGUGAUUGUGGUCAGGCAGGAUUACCUGGAAUCUAUACAAAAGUUUCAAGCUUCUUAUCAUGGAUCCAUAGUCAUGUUAAGGAGUAGUGAGUGUAAAAUAUAUAAAAUAACAGCA